CGAAGUGAAGAGAAGAACUCUGAAGUGAACUCAGUAAAAUCACUAAACAAUCUAAACAUACUUAAUACGGUUGAAGAGUUACAAAUUAUAAUUGACUUAUUGGGAAUACAACAAGAAAUAUCCUGUCAAGAAAAUGCCAGCAAUUGGAAUUGAUCUUGGAACGACAUACUCCUGCGUCGGAGUUUGGCAACAUGGAAACGUGGAAAUCAUCGCAAACGACCAAGGUAACCGAACGACACCAUCCUACGUCGCCUUCACGGACACGGAGCGACUCAUCGGAGACGCGGCCAAAAACCAGGUCGCUCUCAACCCCAGCAACACAGUGUUUGACGCAAAACGACUGAUUGGCCGCAAGUUUGACGACCCGAAGAUUCAGCAGGACAUGAAGCACUGGCCCUUCAAAGUCGUGAACGAUUGUGGCAAGCCGAAAAUACAAGUACGGUUCAAAGACGAGGUGAAACGGUUCGCGCCUGAGGAGAUCAGCAGCAUGGUUCUAACGAAGAUGAAAGAGACCGCCGAAGCAUACCUGGGCUGCAGCGUACGCGACGCCGUCGUCACCGUGCCCGCCUACUUCAACGACUCGCAGCGCCAGGCCACCAAGGACGCGGGUGCCAUCGCUGGUCUUAACGUGCUGCGAAUCAUUAACGAGCCCACCGCCGCCGCGCUGGCCUACGGGCUCGACAAGAACCUCGCGGGAGAACGCAACGUGCUGAUAUUUGACCUCGGUGGCGGCACCUUCGACGUCUCUGUGCUCACUAUCGACGAGGGUUCGCUGUUUGAGGUGAGGGCCACUGCCGGCGACACACAUCUCGGCGGCGAAGACUUCGACAACAGGCUCGUGGACCAUUUGGCAGACGAAUUCAAGCGGAAGAAUAAGAAGGAUAUUCGAGGCAAUCCGCGCGCUUUACGGCGCUUACGCACCGCUGCCGAGCGCGCCAAACGCACGCUGUCUUCAAGCAGCGAGGCAACCAUAGAGAUCGACGCACUAUAUGAGGGCAUGGACUUCUACACUCGCGUAUCACGAGCGCGCUUCGAGGAGUUGAACGCGGAUCUAUUCCGUGGCACGCUCGAGCCAGUCGAGAAGGCGCUGAGAGAUGCUAAGCUGGACAAGAGCUCUAUUCAUGACGUCGUGCUUGUCGGUGGCUCAACACGCAUCCCUAAGAUACAGAACAUGCUGCAGAACUUCUUCGGUGGCAAGAAGCUCAACCUCUCCAUCAACCCAGAUGAGGCAGUAGCGUACGGCGCCGCGGUCCAGGGAGCCAUCCUGAGCGGGGAACAACACAGCAAAAUCCAGGACGUUCUUCUAGUAGAUGUGGCGCCGCUGUCUCUUGGCAUCGAAACCGCCGGGGGAGUUAUGACCAAGAUCAUCGAGCGAAACUGCAAAAUCCCAUGCAAGCAAAGUCAGACCUUCACCACCUAUUCUGACAACCAGCCAGCGGUAACCAUCCAGGUAUACGAGGGUGAACGCGCCAUGACCAAAGAUAACAACUUGCUCGGCCGUUUCGACCUCACCGGCAUACCGCCCGCGCCGCGCGGUGUUCCCAAAGUAGACGUUACGUUUGACCUCGACGCUAACGGCAUCCUGAACGUGUCUGCCAAGGAGAACAGCACGGGUCGCAGUAAGAAUAUCGUCAUCAAGAACGACAGAGGCAGACUGUCGCAAGCCGAGAUAGACCGCAUGCUGGCGGAGGCCGAACGGUACAAGGAGGAGGACGACCGCCUGAGAGAGCGAGUGGCGGCUCGCAACCAGCUCGAGUCGUACCUGUUCGGCGUGAAACAGGCACUUGACGAGGCUGGCGACAAGCUUAGCGAACAAGACAAAGACGCGGCGCGACGAGAGUGCGACGCUGCACUCCAGUGGCUCGACAACAACGCGCACGCCGACAGGGAGGGGUACGAGCAGAAAAUGAAGGACGUACAGCGAGUGUGUUCGCCGCUCAUGAGCAAGAUGCACGGUGCCGGAGCCGGGACGGGAGCGGCGCCCGGCGGGUACCAGCAGCAAACACACAACAACCACUCCGGGCCGACGGUGGAAGAAGUCGACUAAAUCUAAACUACCUCGGUGGUCAUCAUCAUCAUGUCAUUUCACCGAUACAUAAGUAGAAUAAUGAAAAGCUUCGACUGAUUAGUUCGUAAUUUAUGUACAAAGUUGUAAAUAUGUAAUGUAAGUUAAUUUAUUAUUUUAAUUAAGGACAUUUCAAAACCAACAGGUGAUCUUAAUUGUUGUUAGUUUUAUAACAAUAAAUAUCUAACUAAGAAUACA